AAAUUGCAAAUUCUAAUUUUAUACAGUACUACUGUAUUAGUAGAGUGGAUACCUUAGAGCUCACUCAUUGCAUAUUACAGCAGAAAAACACAGAAUUUAUGAAAGAUUGAGAAGGUUUUUCUUUCUCCCUUAAAUUUUAAAUUUUUUCAAAUAAAAAAAUUCAAAGAGCCCAUGUGUGCAGGAAUCUAGGCAAAAAUCAAUCAAAAAAUUCCCCCAAAAAAUUAAAUUAAUUAUAAAAAAUAAAAUUUCCUUUUGUAUUAACUUCCUCAUUUAAUGUCUUCACCUACACCUCCUGCCCGUUUUGAGAACCUGCAUUGCUCUCUUCUCAUUUAUUACUCAACUUUCUCUCUCUACUUUCUCUCUCUUCCUUCUUCUCUCUCUCACUUCUUCUGUGGCAGCAAAUUCAUUCCUCUCUUUCAUUCUUGUGAAUUCUUCCCAGCAACCCCUCUUAGUAGUACACAAGUUAGGUGCAAAAUUUACCCCUUUCUUGGUAAAUUUAUGGUGCAUUGAUCAUCAUGAAUUGCUCAACUUAUCAAGACUCCAUUAAAGUUCUGGUUUUUACACUUUUUUAUCCAAAAAGGUGAAACUUUCUUCAACCCACUUUGCAAAAUCCAAUCUUUCAGAGUUGCACUGUCAUAUUUUACCCAUUUGAGUGUUAGAAAGGGUUAAAAAUGAGGUUUUGAAUCUGGGGUUUUGCCAACUUUUUACCAUUUGAGCUUCAGAAAUGUGGAAGAAAGGAAGAAUUUGUACUGGGGUUUUUUCUGCACCUGAGGUAAAAAUACUUUUCUGCUGUUAAAUUUAGGAAAUGGGUUUGCUGUUCAUGUUGCUUAGGAGACAAGAUUGAUAAUGGGGUUUUUCUCUUCCGAAAGCAUAAUUUUGUGACCUAGUUUUGUUGUAUGAUGGAACCCACCAGGUGUUUAAUAAUAUGUUUGAAUUCAUGGGUGUUGAAAUUUGUAGCAAAGUUUUUGGUGUUUGCUAUAGUUUAUUCAGAUUUCUGGUGGUUGGUUUCUGGUUUAGGUUCAAUGUCUUCUAUUGCUGUUUCAUAUGGUGAGAAUGGUCCUGUUUUUUGUGGGUUGAAAUCAGAUGGGUCCAAUUCUGCAACCUGUUAUGGUGCAAAUAAUGCUAUAAUUUAUGGAACUCCAAUACAUCUCAGUUUCCUGGGUUUAACUGGGGGUGAUGGGUUUGUUUGUGGACUUCUAAUGGACUCAUAUCAGCCUUAUUGUUGGGGGGAUAGUGGGUUUGUUCGAAUUGGUGUUCCUCAACCCAUGAAACCGGGUGCUCGAUAUGUUGAAAUUAGUGCAGGUGAUAACCAUUUGUGUGGUUUAAGGACACCCUUGACAGGAGAUCUUAGGAACACUUCUUUGGUUGAUUGUUGGGGUUAUAACAUGACUAAGAAUUAUGUUUUUGGUGGGCAAAUUAAGUCUAUUUCUUCUGGUUCUGAAUUCAAUUGUGGGUUAUUUGCUGAAAAUAGAACUGUAUUCUGUUGGGGUGAUGAGACUAGCAGUCAUGUGAUUAGCCUGCUACCUAAGAAUUCGCGGUUUCAGAUGAUUGCAGCUGGUGGAUAUCAUGUUUGUGGCAUCCUGGAAGGAGUUGAUUCUAGGGCUUCUUGUUGGGGAAGUAGCGGUAACAUUGAAGAAGAGAUCGCAGCUGGUUAUUCAGGAAAUGGCAAUGUGAAUAUUCCUCCAAAAGAUUCAAUGCUUUCCAUUAUUGGGGGAAAAUUCCAAGCCUGUGGAAUUAGGGGUUUAGAUCGUGGGGUGGUUUGUUGGGGUUUUAUCAUGCGACAAGCUACUAAACCUCCCAAGAAGGCCAAGGUUUACACCAUUGCUGCUGGAGACUAUUUUGCUUGCGGAAUACUAAUUGAAAAGUCUUUAUCGCCUAUGUGUUGGGGAUUCGGGUUUCCUGCCACUGUUCCAUUCGCGGCCACUCCUGGAAGAUGCCAGUCUGAGCCAUGCACUGAUGGUCAUUAUGAAUUUAAACAAGGCCAAGCAACCUGCAGAAACCCAAAUACUCAUAUAUGUCUGCCUUGUUUGAAUAAUUGUCCCAAGGAUAUGUAUCUCAAAGGUGGAUGUUCUCAACAAUUUGACAUUAAGUCAUGUGCAUAUAACUGUUCAAGUUGUGUGUCGUCUGACUGCAUUUCAAAUUGUUCCGCCAUUGCUAGUUCAGGUAAUUUUGGUGGGAAGAAAAAUGUGAAGUUUUGGGCAAUUCAGAUUCCAAUCAUAGUUGCAGAGGUGGUUUUUGCUCUCUUCUUGGCUAUAGUAGUGUCUUUAUUGGCAAUUCUAUAUGUUCGAUACAAGCUUCGAAACUGUCAAUGCUCAGCAAGCAGGGUUUGGAAUUCGAAGAAAAAUGGAGGAAACAAUGGAUCUUCUAGAGAUAAUCCGAAGAUAAGGCCUGACAUGGAGGAGCUGAAGAUCAGAAGAGCUAAAGUUUUUUCCUAUGAAGAGCUUGAAAAGGCCACCAGUGGAUUCAAAGAGGAGUCAAUAGUGGGUAGAGGAAGUUUCUCAUGUGUUUUCAAAGGAGUCUUGAAGGAUGGAACAGUAGUAGCUGUUAAGAGGGCUAUAAUGACUUCUGACCAAAAGAAGAACUCAAAAGAGUUUCACACAGAACUUGAUUUGUUGUCAAGGUUAAACCAUGCCCAUCUCCUCAACCUGCUAGGAUACUGCGAAGAAGGAGGAGAAAGGCUCUUGGUUUAUGAGUACAUGGCUCAUGGGUCAUUACACCAACACCUCCAUGGGAAAGACAAGUCACUGAAGGAGCAAUUAGAUUGGGUUCGCAGAGUCACCAUAGCUGUUCAAGCAUCACGAGGAAUCGAAUACUUGCAUGGUUAUGCUUGUCCUCCUGUGAUACACCGAGACAUAAAAUCUUCAAACAUUCUCAUUGAUGAAGAGCACAAUGCACGAGUGGCUGAUUUUGGACUCUCUCUCCUCGGCCCUGUAGACAGCAGUUCCCCCUUAGCUGAGCUACCAGCUGGAACUCUGGGGUACCUUGACCCUGAAUACUACAGACUUCACUACCUAACAACUAAAUCUGAUGUGUAUAGCUUUGGUGUUCUGCUCUUGGAAAUACUUAGUGGUAGAAAGGCCAUAGAUAUGCAGUUUGAAGAAGGUAAUAUAGUUGAAUGGGCAGUUCCUUUGAUUAAAGCAGGAGAUAUAUCAGCUCUUUUAGAUCCCAUUUUGAAACCUCCCUCGGAAAUUGAAGCACUCAGAAGAAUAGCGAAUGUGGCUUGUAAAUGUGUGAGAAUGAGAGGGAAAGAUAGACCGUCAAUGGACAAAGUCACGACAGCUUUAGAACGAGCCCUUGCUCUUCUUAUGGGUACCCCUUGUAGUGAGCAGCCUAUUCUACCAACAGAGGUAGUUUUAGGAAGCAGCAGAAUGCAUAAGAAAUCAUCUCAAAGAUCUUCAAACCCCUCAGAAACCGAUAUAGGUUCAGCUGAGGAUCAGAGGUUUGAGUUUAGAGCUCCUUCAUGGAUUACAUUUCCUAGUGUCACUUCCUCUCAGAGAAGAAAGUCUUCUGUUUCUGAAGCUGAUGUUGAAAAUGCAAAGAAUCCCGAGGCCAAAAACGUGGGCAGUGGAAGAAAUGGUGCAGAGGGAUUAAAUAGUUUGGAAGAAGAAAUUGGUCCUGCUUCUCCACAGGAAAGUUUGUUCCUGAAGCAUAAUUUCUAGGAUUGAUGACUAUAUAUGCAAAACACCAGAUUUAGGGGAGAGUUUGGUUGAUUGUUUUCGCAUAACUAUCAUGAUUUAAUCCAAUUUUUUUUAAAAAUGUAAAGAAGAAUGGGGAAGCCUAAUGUAAUUUUUUAGAGAAAAAAUGUUACCUUUAGAUUUCAUAAAUGCAUGCCCUACUAGCAGAUUCAACUGUAGUAUUGAGCAUUUGAGCCCACCAGCUAUUCACUUCCCAAACUGAUAGGAAACAUAGUUUAAAUUACUCCUAUAUCACCUUCAUUUUUUCCCUUUAUUACAGGACAGAUCUUCUGACAUUAAUUUAUGGCUUUGAUGUAGGGCACUCUGAUGUUUAAGUUAAGCAGCUCAAAACACAGAUAUAAGCUGCAAUUUAUGCAUC